CCAAGGCACAGCAGCAAGAGGAAGAGUCAGGAGAAGAGUGGCACAGAGUAAGGAAGAGAGGCAAGGAAUAACUGAGAAGAUAUGGUUCGCUCAUGUGGACAAGGGAUCCCUGCCUGGGUCUAUGUGGGCACCCUGCUCCUCUUAAUCCACUCUGUCACAGUUCGAGGAGCUGUCCUGAAGCAGGAGGUGUCAUUGGAGGCCACACUGCUGAAUCACUCCAUGAGUUUGGUGGAACGUAUGGAGACCCUGCUGGCUCUGGGGAACGGCAGUGAUGUCACACUCCGAGUGCAGACCAUCAACACGGAUGAGGUGAAGGUGAUCCCGGCCCACAGCCUGGUCCUCACGCUGCAGAGCGACGUGUUUGAGGAACUGCUGCUCAGUUGCAACAACAGCGCUGUUGUUUUGAGGGAGACGCCCGACUGUGCAGCUGUCUUUGACAAGUUUGUCAGGUAUCUGUACUGUGGUGACAUCUCAGUACGGCUAGAUCAGGCCAUAUCUCUGCAUAGGCUGGCCAGCAAGUAUCAUGUGUGGGGUUUGCAACACGGUCUGACCCAGUAUAUGACCCAACAUCUGCCGAGUGAUUCGCCCACCGGCCAUGUGAUUGGCUGGUACAACUAUGCAUUACAUAUUGGGGAUGUGGUCCUGCGGGACAGCUGCCUGCAGUACCUGUCCUGGAACCUGUCUUCUGUGCUGCAGAGCGGAGAAUGGGGUUCCAUCAGUGAGGACCUGCUGCUCUCCUUGCUCCAGCGCUCUGACCUUAUUCUGCAGAGUGAGCUGGAGCUCUACGAGGCCCUGGAGGCCUGGAUAAGCCAGAACCAGCCUGUCAGUUCGACAGUCGAAAGUGCCUUAAGGGCUGUUCGAUACAGCAUGAUUCCCCCUCAGCACCUCUUCCGUCUUCAGAAGCAAUCCCUCCUCCUUCAGAAGCAUUACGAGUCCAUCCGUGAUCUUCUCUACCUCGCUUUCCAAUUUCACUCGGCCUCACCUAUACAACUGGCCAAGUACUUUGAUGUCAACUGCAGUAUUUUCACUCCCCGUAACUACCUGUCCACCUCCUGGGGUUCCCCUUGGGUCAUCAAUAGCCCCCCCCGUGAUGACCGCAGUUUCAGCUUCCAGACCCAGCUCGGGCCUAGCGGCCAUGACUCCAUCAAGAGAGUGACCUGGAACGCCCUUUUUUCCCCUCGCUGGCUCCCACUCAAUGCCAGGUCAACCUAUACUGAGCUGGGCGCCAUGCAGCCUACACGCACAGAUGGAGGUCGACCUCGCAUCAUUGUGACACCAGCCACCUCUAGUCCGGACUUUGCCGGUGUGAGUUUCCAGAAGACCGUGAUCGUGAUGGCAAGACAGCUAGGAAAAGUGGUGGUGCGUCACGUCUACAACUUCCACCAAAGCACAGAGGAGGCCGGAGAUUUCCUGGUGGAUGCCGACCUGCAGCGACGUGCAUCAGAGUACCUGAUUGACAGCUCCCUCCAUCUGCACAUUGUAAUAAAACCUCUCUACCAAACUCUCAUUGUUGCUAGAAAGUAAAAAGCAGGAAUUUGGUGUGGCCUUAUCAUCAGUUAUACACCCUCCACCCACACUAUCAUCUCAGAGCACGUGUUUAUGCAUCCACUCUGUGACAUCUCUAUUAAGCAAGGUGGUGUUUGCCCCAAUAAAGAUUAACAAUUUAAUGGCUCAGCAGUGAUUAUCGAAGAGAUGAUGGUUGGUUUUCAAGUAUUUUAUGCAUACUAAGAAGAAAAAAGAAAACAAUUAUUGAAUUGUAUUUGUUCAGGUAUUCUGCAGUCUGUAGUCUGUGGUCUAUGUGAUGGUUUGUUGUUUGCAUAGGUAUUAGAGGAGUUUUGCUUUAAAAUAACUGUUGUUAUUAUUUGUAUGCAUUUCACUAUUCAGCAGUCAAAUAUAGAUAUUUUCUUCUUGAAACUUAUAUCCUGUGACUUACACCAAAAUACUUGUUUUGUUGUUUACCUACCAAACUGUGUAAAUUGAAGUGCAAUCCCAUUAUCAGUAUUCCUUUGUAUGCUUUGCUGAUUUAGUAUGUUUGUUCUUAUUUAUUGUUAUAAAUGUUUUUUUAUCUAGCUUUAAAAUAAACAACACAACUAUGUGAUUUUCAUCCUGAUACAAACAAAAUGAAUAAUAAAAGACAAUAACAUAAAA